GCCGCCGUUGAUCCGGUGCUGCAGUGAGGAGGUGGUUCUAGCCUUGUUGUGUGUGUGUGUGAGAGUGAGUGAGUGAGUGUGUGUGUGUAUGUGUGUAUGUGUGUGUGAGUGUAUGUGUGAGUGAGGGAGUGAGUGAGGGAGUGAGUGAGGGAGCGAGCGAGCGAGCGUGUGCGGCCCGGCUUGUUGUUGUCCCUGACUUCCCCCUCCCCUCUACCCCUCCCCCUUUCCCAGCCGCCGCUGCAGUGGCCGCUCCCUGGGCCGUAGGAAAUGAGCGAUAACGAUGACAUCGAGGUGGAGAGCGACGAAGAGCAACCGAGGUUUCAAUCUGCGGCUGACAAACGAGCUCAUCAUAAUGCACUGGAGCGAAAACGCAGGGACCACAUCAAAGAUAGCUUUCACAGUUUGCGGGACUCUGUCCCAUCACUCCAAGGAGAGAAGCAACAGGCAUCCCGGGCCCAAAUCUUAGAUAAAGCCACAGAGUACAUCCAGUAUAUGAGAAGGAAAAACCACACACACCAGCAGGAUAUUGAUGACCUCAAGCGGCAGAAUGCUCUACUGGAGCAGCAAGUCCGUGCACUGGAGAAAGCGAGGUCAAGUGCCCAACUGCAGACCAACUAUUCUUCUUCAGACAGCAGCCUCUAUACCAAUGCCAAGGGCAGCACCAUCUCUGCCUUCGAUGGGGGCUCUGAUUCCAGCUCUGAGUCAGAGCCUGAAGAGCCCCAAAGCAGAAAGAAACUCCGGAUGGAGGCCAGCUAAACAGAGCAGGCCAGCAAUAAGAACUGUCUGUCUCCUCCAUCGUCUCCUCUCCCAGUUCAUCGUUAGACCCCUUCAAGCUGUUUUAAAGACUCUUUAUUUUCUUUUCUUUUUUAAAAAAGUAGAAGCUCUUGGACUGCAGCUUUCAUCUUCUGCCUUUUCCCUUCAGCAACCUUCCCUUACCAUGAAUUUUUAAACCAAAACAUCCCAACUUGGCAGCUUUUUCUGUGGAGGACAGACGGACACACCUCUGAGCACAUGCUGCCCCUGACCUCCCCAGCCAGCUCCUCCCACCUUGUGGGCAUCAUUGCCCAGGUGAUUUCUCUGCUCACAGGUCUCCCUUUCCUCUUCCCUACGUCUUCUUUGUCCCUCCUCCCCCCCCCAUUUGAUACACUUUGUGAAUCUGUGAACUGCUCAACUUUUAGAAGAUGACCUGUUUGGAAUAAUCAGAAUUACCCAGAAUUUUUUUUUUUUUU